AAUCAUUUCAUGUUUUUAAAGUAUGAUCUUAACUUUAUAGUAGUUUUGGUCGAUUUUUUGGAUUCGGAAUCUAAUCUAAAAUGGACACAUUGCUAAAAUAAGACAACUUAACCUUAGAAACCAUUUUGAAUGAGGAGGACAUAUUAUCUGAAUUGAAAAAUUAGAGUUCAGGAAAAUUUGCUGAUUUGUAAAUUUACAUACAAACUAUUCUAUAGCAUUGUUUAGCAUCCAAAUGAAUACUCUAAAAUGAUUUAUUACAUCACCAAUGAUGUUACUGAUCGAGAGUAAGAUAGGAAUACAUGCAUAAAGUAAAAAAUAUAUAUAUAUAAAUUUAUAGAUAUCCCUUUUUAAUAAGCGAGAUAUUAGGUUCUGAAAAUGAGAAAUUGAUUAAUUUCUUAUUUGAAAAAUAAGGAGACAUCUCCCAAGAAGAAAUACAAAAUCCACUAGAAGAUUAGCCAACAGAGAGUUAAACUUAAGAAUUCCAAAAUGACAAUGAAAAUUUAAGAUAGAAGCUUUUACCUGACCUUCUUUCUAUAUUAGAACAUGAUAGUCUCUUAAUUACAUCAGCAGGGUAUUUUACGAAGAUUAUUUCAGCAAUAAUUCAUAAAAGAGGAUAUGAUGUAUUGUUUUUAAUAAAUUAAGUUUUGGGAAUAUUUAAAAAGUAAUCCAGAAAUAAUAUCAAAUUUGUUUAAGCAUGCAAAUAUUAGACAUAUUACUGAAAUAUUUGAGAAAUUGAUCAUUUUAGACACAUGUUAGGAAGAGCAUGAGGAGAGGUUAUUUAUACAAGAGAGACAACUUUUAAUAGCUAGAUUACUCAAAUACCUUAAAGGGUAAUCACAUUAAAAUACAAUAAUUACAAAUGUAUGUGAAUCACUCAUUGAAGUUUAUAAAAGAGCAUUGAUGUCUCUUGAUACUAUGGAAGUUUUGAGAGAAAUCUUAUUAACAGUUGAAAAACCAGUGUUCUUUAUGAGUUUAGCUUUCGAUACUUAAAAUAGUUCCUUGUAUAAUUUACUCAAUGUUCAAUAUGAAUUUUAUAACAAAAUGUCAUAGCUUGAAGAAAAACACUACGAUAUUUAAUUCUCUACUCUUUAUAAGCCUGUAAUAGAUGAAUCAACCAAGGCUCUAAUUCAAUAGAAUAUAUUGAGAGCAUCCUUUUAAACAACCUAUGGAGCCACAGUCAAACCACUUGGCGAUUCAAAAUUGGCUUUAAUACAAUUAAUUGUGUAGUUACUUUAGAGAUAAGAAUUAACAAUCAUAUUUUAAAAGGGACAAAUAUUUUAAUAAGUAAUUAAUUUAGUGCUUGACUAUUAAACGAAUAAUUAAUUGCAUAUUUUAUUUGACAAAAUGAUAGUAGCAAUUAUAGAUUCCAAACAGCCUCAUUUACAUGAACUCCUAUUCCAAGAUACAAAUUUUUUGAAUUUCCUCAUAAUAAAUAAUGGCAUAGAAGAAAGGAAAAAAAAACAUGGGUAUCAAGGUAUACUAACUAAGAUAACAAAUUAUAUUAAUUCUAAUAAAGUCCUUGAAUAAAAUUAAGCUGUCUAAACUGCAAUCGCAAAUAUUCAAAUUGAAUGGUAGAAAUAUAUCGAAGAAUUAAAAGUAGUUAAUUAAAUUGAAUAAGUAUGGUUGUUGGGUAUAAAUCCAAGAUUCAGAGAAUAAGUUAAUGUAGAUUUGUAUAGUCCUCCUCUCUUAUGGCCUGACCCUACAGGCUCUAGUUAAUAUUAAACCACUAAUAACCAAACUGCUGAAUCUAGUGAAGCCCAACAAGAUUCCUAAGAAGAAAAUUCAACUGAUAAUUAAUAUCAAAAUAAUAAUCAACAAACGGAUUAAUUCGAUUUAGAAGAAGCUUAAAUUGAAAAUGAAAAGGAAGCACCUUUAGAGGUUGUUCAAGUAAAAGAAGAAAACUUAGAGUAAUUAGAAGAAUAAUAAAUUUAAAAGCAUGAAGAAUAAAUUUUAGAUUCACCAGUAUAUGUUUCGGAUGUUUAACUUAAAUUUUAUUAUGAGAAUGUUCCUGAAUAAACUUAAGAUGCUUCAGAAUAAUAACCAAAAUUGAUAGCAGAAGAACAACCAUAAGAAAUAACAGAAAAAAAAGAAGAAUCUAAUUAAGAAUAACAUGAGUAGAAUAAGGAUCAAAUUUAAGAAGAAUAGAAUUUAAAUUAAGAAUAAAAAAACCAGGAAGAAUAAUAACCAAAACAAGAAGAAUAAUAAAAAAAUCAGGAAGAAUAAUAACCAAAUCAAGAAUAAAUAUAAUAAAAUCAGGAAGAAUAAUAACCAAAACAAGAAGAAUAGUAACAAAACCAGGAAGAAUAAUAACCAAAAUAAGAAGAAUAAUAACAAAAUCAGGAAGAAUAGUAACAAAACCAUGAAGAAUAAUAGCCAAAACAAGAAGAAUAGUAACAAAACCAUGAAGAAUAAUAACCAAAACAAGAAGAAUAAUUACCACAAAAGGAUGAAUAAUUACUAUAGCAGGAUGAAUAAAAACUCUAAGUGUAAUAGUAAGAACCCUAGACAGAAAAUAAUGAGAAUUAAGAAUAAAUUGAGCAAUCAAAAUAACCUUAAGAGGAGGCUUGA